CUAACAGCGCCCAUAAAAGCAGGGGCCGGGCGGGGUAAGCGUGAGCUUGCGCGAGGCAGGAGCGCUUGAGACUGGCGGGCGGGUGCUCGGGCCCGUUAGGCGGGGGGGCAGCGACCACUGGCCAUGGACGGCAAGAAGAAAAUCACAGCACCCCUUCUCUAUGCUGUUUCCAUUGCUGCCAUUGGAUCUCUCCAGUUUGGGUACAACACUGGUGUCAUCAAUGCUCCUGAGAAGAUCAUUCAGAACUUCUUCAACAGAACCUUGUCAGAACGGAAAGGGGAGGCUAUCUCCCCUGAGCUCCUCACCUCUAUGUGGUCUCUUUCUGUGGCUAUCUUCUCAGUAGGAGGUAUGAUCGGCUCCUUCUCAGUCAGCGUGUUUGCCAACAGAUUGGGCAGGAGGAACUCCAUGCUGCUGGUGAACAUCCUUGCCUUUGUUGGUGGCACUCUGAUGGCCUUCUCUAAGAUGGCAAAGGCAAUGGAGAUGCUGAUCAUUGGCCGCUUCAUUAUUGGCAUCUUCUGUGGUCUCUGCACUGGCUUUGUGCCCAUGUACAUCAGUGAGGUCUCACCCACCAGCCUCCGUGGAGCCUUUGGAACCCUCAACCAGCUAGGCAUUGUUGUAGGCAUCCUGGUGGCACAGAUCUUUGGCCUGCAGAGUAUUAUGGGAACUGAAGCACUUUGGCCACUACUUUUGGGAUUCACAAUCCUGCCAGCACUCCUGCAGUGUGUGGCUCUUCUUUUCUGCCCUGAGAGCCCCCGUUUCUUAUUGAUCAACAAGAUGGAGGAAGAGAAGGCACAAGCAGUUCUUCAGAAGCUCCGUGGUACACAAGAUGUGUCUCAAGACAUCCUGGAGAUGAAAGAAGAGAGUGCUAAAAUGUCCCAGGAAAAGAAGGCAACUGUGGCAGAGCUCUUUCGUUCUCCAAGCUACCGUCAAGCCAUUAUCAUAGCUAUCAUGCUGCAGCUCUCCCAGCAGCUCUCAGGCAUUAAUGCUGUAUUCUAUUAUUCUACAGGGAUUUUUGAAAGAGCUGGUAUCACACAGCCUGUGUAUGCCACAAUUGGAGCUGGUGUGGUCAACACUGUCUUCACUGUUGUGUCGCUGUUCCUGGUGGAGCGUGCAGGGCGCAGGACCCUCCAUUUAGUUGGUUUGGGUGGCAUGGCUGUGUGUGCUGCUGUUAUGACCAUCGCUUUAGCUCUGAAGGACAUUGUGGAGUGGAUCAGAUACAUCAGUAUUGUUGCCACUUUUGGCUUUGUGGCUCUUUUUGAGGUUGGCCCUGGCCCUAUCCCCUGGUUCAUCGUGGCAGAACUCUUCAGCCAGGGCCCACGGCCUGCAGCCAUGGCAGUGGCUGGUUGUUCCAACUGGACCUCUAAUUUCUUGGUGGGAAUGCUCUUCCCGUAUGCAGAGAAAUUAUGUGGCUCCUAUGUCUUCCUCAUCUUCCUUGUUUUCCUGGUCAUCUUCUUUGUCUUCACAUUCUUCAAAGUGCCAGAGACCAAGGGCAGGACUUUUGAAGACAUCUCCAGGGGCUUUGAAGGACGAGCAGAAGCCAGGCCCACAUCACCUGUGGAGAAGAACCCCAUGGUAGAGAUGAACAGCAUACAGCCUGACAAAGAAGUUGCCUAAAAUUCAUGACACCCUUUCCUUGACAAGUGUCAUUAAAGGAAUGAGCAAAGAAAACUAUGAGAACUGGGACAUUUUUCCCCUUCCUCAAUUGCUGCUAUUUUCGUCUUUGCAUCCACAUACUCUGCCAUUCUGCCAGGCAUUAAGCAAACUGGAUGUGGGUGAUCCCAUUUUCAAGUACUGAAAGGCACCUGGCACUUGUAAUUACGCUUUUCCCUGUCACAAACAUCAGGAGAACAGAGAAGAGCUAGUAAUAUUUCUGCUUUUCUCACCUGUAACUGCUAUUUGGGGUUAACAUUACCUACGCACGCAGUGACUGUUACGUAUUUAAAUCUAGUUAUUUUUGUAGUGAGUUGAAGUGACCCACUAAACACGUCCCCAGCCCUUUGAAUCUACUGUGUGCGUGUGUGCAGUGUUACACUGGAAUUCAAGUCUACCAAAAAGCCAUCUCCUUGCUUUUUUUUUUCCUAUCCAGUGUGCACUUUUUUCAGCCUCAGGAAACAGGGGACCAAGUUACAUGCAUAUUUUUUCCUGCUCUUUUAUUUUUUGUAUAGACAGACUGAAAGCAUACUUUUACUUAAGUUUAUUUAUUUGUAUGUCACUUUGUAAAUAUUUAUUUUUUUAAUGGUGUACAGAAAUGUACAGAUCAUGAAAUUUAAGAUGUUUAAGAGAAAUAGCUAUUGUAACAAAAGAUGCUGUAGACUUGAGGUGGUGCAAUAAGACUGUAAAGGAGAAAGGUGGUACUAAAGAGGAGAUUGGGCCUUUGGAUGGUAUGUACAAACAGCCAGUUAUGUGGGUCACCUUUAGGUUAUUUGUGCCCUCUAGUAUGCAAUUCUUUGAAUCUAUUUCUGAUGAGAAGAGGUAUGUUUGUCCACCAGAUCUGUUAUUUGGGAUGGUUUGGGUGACAAUUUUAAAUGUAUUUCCAGGUGUUGAUUGGAAAGUGUGGUAUUGCAGCAAAUGAGUGGUGUUUGUUUUCAGUCAUGGUUAAGUGUUUUAUGGGAUGAGUGAGAGUGAUAGUUGUGAACCAGAAGGUAACUUCCUGCCUUCUUGAUUUUACUUUUUUGCCUUCUCUACUGUAUUCAGUUUGGUCAGAAAGUCUGAAAUUUGCAGAUUGUUACUUCAAAGUAUGCAAGGACAAAAAUUUAUUUUCCAAAGCUGUAUUUUCUUAGCCAUUGCUCUUAUAAAUAUUAGAGAGGCAUGUAGCGUGACCCUUCUAGACACAGGCAUAGUCAGUUAUGGCAUGUAUGAGUUCAUAAAGAUGGAGCCUUUAUGAACUCUGGGCCUGGGGACCAGAGCUACUGGAACUCACUUAGUGUAGCAGUGUGAAAGUCUUGUAGUGCUCUGUCCAACCAUAGACAGAUACUUUGCGCUAUGUGUGAUAUAUAGAAGAUUUGUGUGAUGUGAUGCUCACCAGUGUGCAGCAUGCUGUGUGUAUGUGUACAGCUUUGUAAAAUGCCUCUGGUAAAAGGGAAAUGGCAGACAGUAGCUUUGACAGUAGCUUUACACCAGUAAAUGUCUGUCUCUCUGCUUGUCAUACUGGAAGGCAAUCAGGUAUGUAUAGACCUACCCUUGCUGCCAAGCUAGCAUGCUUAAGGAAAGCAAAAAGUAGCUCAUACGGUACACUUGCAAUCGGGAGAACUUUGCUUCAUAGGCUGCUGCGAUCUGUCAAGAAACACACUCCAGGCCUGUGUCUAGAGCUGCCCAAGCUAUCUAAAGGUGGUACAGAGGUAGGUCCGAUUUGGACUCAUGCUGGAGUCAUUGUGGGAUAUGGUACAGAGGUAGGUUCACAGAUUCCAAGGUGAGUUAGGGGAAUAACAGCAAAGUUGUUGCAGCAUGAAUAAUAGCCCAAGCUUUCUUGACAACAUACUGCUUCGGAGCAGGUCGCAGAUGUUCCUGUUGUAUAUUCUGGGGGGACAUCCUGGCAUUUUCAGUAACUAGAAUGAGAACACUUCUACCUUCCCUAAAGAUAAACAGUCACAAUGAUCAGUAAGACUUGCUGCUGUGAAAUAAUUCAUGUGACUUCAUUUGGUAUACCCCUCUGCACAAUCGAAUCCUAUUACAUCCAGUUUUCCCUAGCAGUUUUCAUAUUUUGGCUCGGUUUUAUACAGAUUUUGUUCCUACCUUUUGACUUUCCAGCACUUCUAGACAUAGUUCUAUAAGGGCAUCUAUAUACUAGGAGUUUCCCCCUUCAGCUGUGCAUAAGAGUGUUCCAUACUUUGCAUCACAGAUCUGUAUUGGCUUGGACUGAAAUGUGUAGGUCUUUCUAACUAUACAUGGUAUCUUUGUUAGUUUCUUUUUCUGUAACUGCAUUGUGAAUAUUUUGGAUGGGUUUUAUAUGCUUAGUAAUGUUCCUGUUUUUAAAAUAAAAAUUAUAGGACUAAG